CACUGGAUGAUUAAUGUGGCAAUUGAAAAAUUGUUUGUAAGUAGAUGUAAUUUAUUAUCUUUUAAUUUAUGCUUGAGAGGAUUGGAAGCGACAAGUUUCUGUCUUUGUCUUAAAUACGUGAGAUAUAGUGAUUUAGACGUGUUUUAUUUCCAACGUACCGAUUGAUUUAAUAAAGUGAUAAAAAUUCUGAAAGCAGAUUUGAAUUUGUCGUGAAGUCUACUUUAGAUUGACUUUUAUACUUUUUAAAUUUAUCUCUUUAAAUUCUAAACAGAGUUAUACUAAUAAAAGAAAAAUUGAAAAAAUGGAAUAUUUUCAUUUUUUGAGAAAUUAAAAUCAAUAAAAUGGGAUAGGCGAUCUCACGUAGACUUCAAGAAAAAUUCAAAUCUGCUUUCAGAAUUCUUAUCGCUUUUUACUAGAUCAAUCGGUACGAUGGAAAUAAAACACGUCUAAAUUCCUAUACCUCACGUGUGUAGGACAAAGACAGAAACUCGUCGCUUCCAAUCUCCUUAAUUAAGUAAUUACUUAAUUUAUUAUGUAGGUGUUACAAAUCAUACUAAUAGUAAGUUAAGUAAUACUGUUUACCUAGUACUUGUUAUAAAAUCGGUCUAGAUGAAGAAUAUGCGAUAAACUAUUGACACAUUUAUAAUAUUAUAAACAAUAUAAUAUGACAAACGAUAAACGUAGUUUAUCUGUAGAUAACUAUGAUUACUAUGCUACACAAUUACAGUAGUUAUACAAGUCAUAGUCAAGGUUUAUAGACUAUGGUUUGUGGCACAGAGUAUAUUAUGUUUGUAGUCUGUAAUUUAUAUACUAACAAAUAGUUAAAUAAAUAUUAUGUGUUCAAAUAUAAUAAAACUAAUAAAAUAAAGACACUAUAUAACAUCCGAUAUAAAAAUAAAUAAACCUAGAAAAUAAUGACGUUUUAUACUAGACAGUAUUACAGUAUACAUAUAUGAUUUAACUAUAAACGGUUUGUCAAAAUAUUGAAUAUUCGAAUCACAACCAGUUCGUCAUCAUGAUAAUAUACGAGCAUCCUAUUUAUUACCGUACACUCAUAUUUUGUUAUUGGAAAUUCCUGACCUACUACACAAGCAAUAAUCUAUAUUACUUAUCUAUAUACUUAUUAGUUGGUUCAAUUAAUAUUAAUUAGUAUUUUGAUUUUAAGUAUCAUUAAUUUAAUUACAUAGGAAUCUAAUAUAACAAUAGUAAUUGGAUUGUCACAGUUUUUGGAAGAAAAAUUUAAUCCGCAGUAGGGGGAGUCCCCUCGGCCCAGUGCGCACGACUAUGGUUAGGUUAUGGUUAAGGGUAAAUAGGGUAAAUAGGGAUACAAAACGAAAGGGCGAUAAAUUUGAAUUUUGCCUGCCUAUCACAUUUUGUCUAGAUUUUCAAAUAAAAUUGUGUUUAUGUCAAAAAAGGGCCACAUAAUAAUGAGGAAAAAACUGUGGGUCAGCUACAUAGACCUUAUAUUAGUAUAGUAGUAUACUUAGUAUAAGGUUCAUGGUCAGUUGACCUCUCCAACCCUCUUUGGACUCACCUCUGCUGAAACCCAUUAUUGAAUAUAUACCUACUUAAUAUUGUACCUAAUAAUAAUAUAUAAUUUUAAUAGGUAUAUAUUAUUAUUUAUUGUUUUUUUAUUGUAUUUAUUAGGUAAUUUUGGUUAGGAUUUGAUGAUUGGUGAAUUGAUCAAAUGAUUGAUUGGUCAAAUUGUUUGGGACACGUAUGCGUAAAUCCGCUGGCUAGAGAAACGGUUUCCGGCGGAUGGUGCACACUGUUGGUGAACAAAAUCAAAACAGAGACUCGAUCGUUAUCACAAAAAACGUCUCUUGUUAUCAACUACCGAGUUCAAGUGACUGAAACUAGUAAAACUAUUCGUAGUAAAGUUGUUCGUCUAGUACUCUAGUGUAGUUAUCUAUUGUUUGUCGACCGUUUUCAUCGCUGUGUUUGCCGUUUUGCGUAGGUACCUACCUAAAUCGCUAAGACCUGCUCGUUUUUUUGUCAUUGCUCGUCGCCCUGUAGCCAGUUAUUACGUCCUUCGGACUACUAUUGGUGCGCAUUCCUUGAACUCGAUAAACGAUUUCACUUCGGUCAUGCUGUGAAGACAACGUUUUUCCAUAACGGACAAAAGCUUAGCGUUGCCCCGAAAGUUUCUUCGGUAUUGCCGUGUACGUUAUAGUCGAAUAUGACGUGUUACAACAACCGCUGCCGUCAUAGAUGCGGUACGCUGUUGUUUUUCAUUCUUGCGGCUGUAUUGUUUGUCGUUCAAGUGACCGCCAGGAUACACACGCUGCACAUAGACGUAAGCCGAUUCGAUCGUUUGAAAAUGUCGUAUUGUCGUCGACUCGAUAAUGUACAAAUGGACCAUUGAUUCAUAUUAUUUUUGUUUUUUUUUUUUUUUUGCCCACAGAACGACGAUCGACGUUAUAUAGCUUUGACCAGGUUCGGAUUUUUUCAAGGAGGUAUGCUGGAAGUCGAAAUUAAAGAUUUUCAUCUUCCACUUGCCAAUAUAAAUGAGACGGUAAGCCGAUAUUUACUGUCAAGUCCACAUUAAUUUCAUAUUAUUAUGUUAAAAACUUUUAUCUAUAGGUGGCAUUUUUGUAUUUUUGCUUUAUUAUUUGCUUUAGCACGGUUUGCUGCUCGAAAAGUCCAUUUUUGAAGAAGGAAAUCCUUACAUUGAUUCUCAACAAGAGAUUUGCCCAAUUGAACAAAUCAAUUUGUUCGACACUCGACCAAGUGCAUCACUGGCUGUUUUCAAGUUUAAUUUUCCGAAGAUGAUGUAAGUGGUGUUUUUUGGUGUUACUUUUCUUUCUUAUUUGGUACAUUUACUGUAAACUUUAUAGCAAUUAGUAAAAAAUACCAAUAAUAAAAUAUAUGCAUUUCUUUGGGAAAUAUUUGGUACAUAAAUUGCAUCAAAGUUACUAUUGCUUAAUAACAUCAUACCUACACAUUAUACUUAGCAAAUAUGCAUACUUGUUUUGAUGUCAGUAAUAGGUAAAAAAAAAUUGAAUUAGUUUAACUUUACAAUAAUCACUAAGUUUUGUUUUUACUAUUUCAAUUUUUUAAAUCUGACUUGAAGUUUUGAAUGUAUAUACCGAGUUAGAGUAUGAAAAUAACUUUUGUAGUAAACCCAUGUAGGUUUGUCUACAAAUAAUUUAUUUUGUUGUGUUGUUAUAAACACUUUACACUUGGAACCUAUGUGAGCUUUAUAUUGUAUGUGUCACGUAGGUCCUAACACCUGUAAUACAAUUUUUUCCUCUUUCCUUCUUUUCAACUGUCUGGAAGCAUGCCGUGUCAGUACAGAAUCUGUGUUCAGCUGUAUACUAAUAUUAGAUCUAAUUUAACUCGGACCUCACAAUAAGUUGUUUUAGGUUCAGUUCUUGCAGUUAUACCUCCAGACUAUUUAAUCUGUCCUAAGUCAUAAGUAUAUGUGUAAUUAAUCUUUUUUUUAAGCCACUAACCUCGUUAAACUACUGUCUACAAUUAUUUGUUUAUGAUCUUUUUGACCGGCAGAUGUCAGUAAAGUCUGUCAUCAAAUUAAUUUUACUUGAUACUCCUUUAGUUUUUGUUUUUAAGUACAACCUAAAGAUAUAAAUUAAAUAACUAUAUAGGUAUCUUGCAUUCCAACUUCCUAUCUAUAAUAAUGUCACAUCUGUCAGUCAAAUCAACUUUUUUUUUUUCUUGGUUUUUAGUUUUUUCUUAACUUCCUAAAAUGGGAUUUAAACUAUACUUGUGCCAUAACAAAUUACUUAAAUUUUUUUUUUCAUAAUUAGUAAAGACUAGAUAUUCAAGUUGAAAACUUCUUAGGAACUCAACUCUUUUACCUACUUAUUCUUUCGGUAUUAAUUAUAAACAAAUAAAUAUAAGGUUUACAUUUGUGUUAUUAUUGUUCAUUUAUAUCUUUGAAACAUCUUUCUGUUGAAACAAUUAAAUUUGAGAGAGAAUUUUAAUGUAAAUGAUAAAAUAUUUAUAUUUAUAGUCUUUAUUUAUUGUUUUUCUAAAGAUAAGAAAAAAAAAAAAUAGUGACAAUUUAGGUGUUUCUUCUUUUGUAUUUAUUUACUAAUCAUGAUGCAAUAUUUUUGUUUAGUGUUACAAUUAGUUGUUCAUCUACAAUGGAGCCAUUUUAUUUAUUAAGUGACAUGACAGAUUUUACUAAUCAAUUGUCAAGCAAUUUUGAAAGUAAUAUGCAGAUAAAAAAAAAAUUAUUUUUAAUGCUAUAGUGUAAUAAAAUUCUUUGACAUUUUCAGGCACUCAAGUGACUUGUGUUGAUAAGACUAUUCCGAUUUCGAAGGGGUCUCAAUCAGAUUAUUUUAAUAUUAAUGUAAGCCAUUUUAUAUUAUACUAUGGAAAGUUGUAGAAUGUAACAUUUAAUUUUAAAUUUUUCCUUAAGUUUGUUGUUUAUGUGAACACAAAAUCCAAUGAGGGAUUGUAUAAUUUAUAUUAUCAUAAUUGCCCGAAUUAUGCCACUAUACCAAAGUCCAGGCGAAGUUUUAAAGUAAUAUUAUAAUUAUUUAUUUAUUACAUUAGAAAAAAAAUCUGUUCUAAUUACACUUUAUAUUUGUGAUUUUUCCAGGUUGAUAUUAGCGAGUAUAAUGAUAAUGAAAAUUACUUAUCAGCUGGUGAUAUGCCAUUGCCCUCACUAUAUUUUUCAAUGUCCAUUAUUUAUUUUUUUACUUGUGUUUUAUGGAUUUAUUUUCUAUGUAGAAGCACGUAAGUUAAAUAAAUUAUUAAUUUUAUGCUAACAAAAGCUGUCAUUGAAAUAUAGAAAAAAAUAUUACUUUCUUAAAGUCACAGAAAAAGUAAAAUAUCACUAAAAAUUUAAUUUAAAAUGCUAAUAGUAUUUAUUUAAAUUACAGUGUAUAAAAUAUACAUAUUUUUACAAUUUUUUUUAAAUAUAUAUUGUAACCUAUUUCAAUGGCACUCAAUAUUUGAGUGUUGGUGUCUACAUUUUAUUUCCAACGAUGGAAUGAUCUCUCAGUAACCAAAAAUAAAAUAAAAAAAUAAUUGGGUAGUAGAGUUUUUAAUUUAUUAAACUGUAAAAAUUAAUAUUUUAUUUCUCAUCAAAUAAAAUUUGAAGUUGCAACAAACAGUUUACAAAUCAUAUAGCUUUUUGAUAAAUAUAAAAAAAAUACAAAACUUUGAGUAUCAUUAAAAUUUAAACUGAUUCUUAGUUUUCGUGUUAAGACGUGAAGUUGCAUUAAGAUGUUGGUGCUAUUUAUUGAUAGUUCACUUGAAUUUAACAUUUAAGUUCACAAAAAAUACAAUUUAUUUUAACUAUAUUUUAUAUUUUGUCUAAAAACAACAAUUAUUAUGUGAUUAUACUUGUAUUUUUUUGUCAUAUUAGUUCACUACAAGUCUACAACUACUGCCCAUAUUUUAACUGAAGCAACUACUUCACUUAAUAUUUUGAUUUGAUAACUGCAUUAAUGUGCAUAUUAAUAUCAUAUUAUCAUAUUAUUAAGUAUUUUAGUAGUAUAACAGUAUUUUAAUUUUGUCUAAUACUAUUUUAGAUUUUAAUAUUUUUUGAAUUGUUUAUUUUCACAUUGAAUAUUUAUUAUUACCUAUAUGGGAUGAUUCAUAAGCGUGCUCUUUCUAUUUUUUUGGUUAAAUUUUGCUUAUUAUUUAGUUUUUCAAAUGAGAACUUUUAUUAAAAAUUUGUUAAAUAGUUGGAGUAUUAGUUUAAAUAAAUUUUGUUGUUAACAUUUUUUAUUUUCGUCAACCCGUUGCCGAAAUAUUCCACCUUUAAGUUAAGGUAGGAGGAGGUAUGGAGCACUAAUAAAAUGCUGCAUUCCAUGCAGCAACACGAAUGAUAAUCUACUUACAUUUAAAAAUUCCAAAAAUCAGAAUUAGAUUAUUAAAUACACAAUUUAACUAGAAAAAUGGAGUGAGUACGCUAAAUGAAUCAUUCUAAAUAUAUACAUAUAAGUUAUAAAUAUAUUUUAUUAAAUAUUCUUUUUCUUGUUCUGUCUUAUUUUUGUAUAAUGGUUUUAUAUUUCAUAGUAUUAAAAAAAUAUGUUUGAUUUCAGUUAUCCUGUAUAUAAAAUACACUUUUUAAUGGCCUUGUUGGUGUUUUUAAAAGCAGCUACCUUAUUUUUCCAUGGUUUGAAUUUCCAUUUUAUUGAAGUCCAAGGACAGGAGAUUAUCACGUGGGCUUUUGUUUACUACACAUUUCAUUUGUACGUAAUAGGCACAAUACAGUGUAGACCAGUUGUACUUAUUUAAUUGUAUAAAUUUGUUUUCUAGACUCAAAGGAUCGGUUUUGUUCAUUACAAUCGUUCUUAUUGGUACUGGUAUGACUUUUGUCAAGCAUGUAUUAUCUGAUAAAGACAAGAACAUUUUUAUGAUUGUAAUACCAUUACAGGUACGGGUUGAUUUUAUGAAAAAAUGUAUUUCUAAAGUUUUUUUAAAAAAAAACCCAUUAACGUCUAUUUUAUAUCCAUAAUAUUAGGUAUUGGCUAAUGUAGCCUAUGCUAUUAUUCAAGAAUCUGAAGAAGGUGACUUACAGCACAACGCUUGGUUGGAUUUGUUUUUACUUGUUGAUUUCAUGUGUUGUGCUGCUAUACUGUUUCCUAUUCUUUGGUAAUGUAGCUAUUAUUAUCUGGAUAUCAAUGCCAAUCUAUUAUGAUUGUUUAUAUUUACAGGUCUAUUCGUCACCUACAAGAAGCAUCACAGACAGAUGGUAAAGCGGCUAUGAAUUUACGUAAACUCAAAUUGUUUCAACAGUUUUACGUUAUGCUUGUUUCUUAUAUAUAUUUCACACGUAUAUUAAUAUAUAUGCUUAGAGUGAGUAAAAACUUUCUUUUGAUAAAUACAACUUGAAAAUUGAAUGUAAUAAUUAUAAUAAAAAAAAAAUACAAUUUUUUGAAAUUGUUUACAGAUGACAGUUCCAUUUAAUUUCCUAUGGUUAAAUGAAUUCUCCAAAGAACUUGCAACAUUUGUGUUUUUUAUGAUGACUGGAUAUAAAUUUCGACCGACAAUUGCUAAUCCUUACUUCCAAGUGGCAUCAGAUGUCGAUGAUGAUGACACAGAUAUUGUGUAAGAACCAAUAUUGUGUAUUAUAUUAUCUGGUUAUCACUUGAAUAUUAUUGUUAAAUGGUGGUUGUUUUGUUGUUACAGUAUAAGUCAUUUUGGUUCGAGUGUAAAUAAUCGUGCCAGAAAGAAACCAGGCGGUAAUGAAACAGCGGAAGAUGAAAUCUUACUCGUGGAAACGUCUUCGUGAUAUAGUAUAUAUAUUUCUGUGAUACCAAGACUGAUCCAAUAAUUGAUCCAUGAACCUUUGCCGUGCGUUCUAGUCUUCUAAAAGUAGACAUUUCCUUUCUGUUGUACAAAUUUGUUCUCAAUUGCGCACAAAGUUUUGUUUGUUUGUUUAUUUAUUUAUUUAUUUAUGAACUUUCUGAAUUAAAUGUAAGAAGAUUACUGAUAUGUUACAUCAUUAUCUGUAAAAAGUAUAAUGUGUUAUUGACGUUUUGUUUUUUUAAUUAAAUUUAAAAGCUUUAUGUAUACGUUAAGUCUAAAAAUUUGUUCCUUAGGUGUGUUUACUCUGUAUUAUAAAUUAAUUUAUGAAUUAUUACCAUUGUUAAAUAAUCAAUAAUUACUGCAAUACUAAAAAAAAAUAUCAAUAACAUUAGAAUAUUAUUUGAUUAUAUAAAUUAAAAUUCAAUGUUAUAAUAUUUUUAAUGGUGCUUAAUCGAAUUUAACCAAAAAUAAUAAAUCUUUUGGUUGUUA